AGUACCAUGUUUCUAGAGCUCCUUUUCCUCAUGUCGUGCAACGAGAGAUAGCUAUUUGAAACAGACCUCUCCCGCCCCUCACAUGGUUCCCGCUCUCUUUUUCCGAUGGCCCUCGUUUAGUUUCUAGUCUUUUUAUUGUUCAUCCCUGGUGUUGAGGUUGAACGUCCUUCGCUUCGUUGAUCCUCCUGAAUAAUAGACUUGUUUUUAUCCUACCAAACGUUCUUCUGAUAGCCCCGGCUGGACCUGGGCUCUAUUCGACCACUAAUACCUCGGUCCCAGACCAGCACAUCGACAAGAUGGCGAAACUGGCUCUAUACACACUCCUCGCCCUCUUCUCAGCAUCACACCUCUCCUCAGCACUCCAAGUAACACCAGACUCGCCAUGCUCGUCAGUAUGUCAAGACUCGCCCGACCUCGAUGCCUCGGACCCCAAUUCCUCUACCACCAAAAACUCCGACAUCACAUGUAAAGAUGCCGCCUACUCGGGUCCCGUGGGCACCAAGUUCCAGAGUUGUAUGGCGUGCCUACAGACCAGCACCUUCUCUCAGGGGAGUGAGAGUGACACCAUGUGGUUUCUCUACAACCUGAGGUACACAGCUGCCUACUGUGUUUUCGGUUUCCCCAACGCUACGGAUGUCCAGUCGACACCAUGCACCACGAGCACCGCGUGCGGUAUGCUCAAGGCUGCCAUGGAGCACGGUAUCCAGGACCCCAAGGGCACGACCGCCUACUCCUACUGCUCAGCCGGGGAUGGCCACGCCAUGGAUUUUACCAACUUUGACACUUGCAUCCCCUGUCUUUCUGCCGAGGGAAAGAACGACUAUCUGGCAAACUACUUCCGUGCCCUAGACGCUGGUUGUCGCCAGCAACCCGCCCUGGGUACCCUCCUAGGCCUGAGCGACACCAUCUUUUCCGAGACAGAAAUCAGCAUUGUCGACCCGGCAAGCCUCAACGGGGACGAGGACGGGAAGCCCGGCCUGACCGUUCCCGUCAUCGUCGGCAUUGUUGUUGGUGUCAUCGCCUUCCUCCUCAUCGCGGCGGGUAUCACGUUUGUCUGCCUGCGCAGGCGGAGAAACAAGCGUGUCCGCGCCAGCGCCCAAGCCGAUUACUACGCCCAGGUCAACAACCGCCACCACUCCUCCAUGUCCUUCCAGUGCCAGACACACAUGGCCUCGCCCCGCCUAUGGCCCGGCACCGAAGAGGGCCUCUCCACCCCCAUGGCCGAGCACCCCGAUUUCCAGCCGCACCGCUCCUCCACCUGGAAACCGCCCUACCCCCAAAUCGACGAAGAAGAAGACACCACCACCACCACCGCCACCACAACCGCCCACCCCACCCAUCACCACCCCAAACCCCCCGCCCACCCGACCAUGCCCCUGCACAUCACCACCACCAUCCCGCCCACCCCCCCGCCACAAGCCUACACCUCCCCCUCCUCCGCCGAACGCACCUACCACUCCCCCUCCGACUUCCGCUCCCCGCUCUCCGCCGAGUCCGUCCGCAGCACCUCCGCCCUGCUGCCCGCCCUCAGACCCUACGUCCCGGCCGAGCACGGCGUGCACACCACAGCGGCAGCGGCAAGCCCUACCGCUAGCACCACCACCACCAGUCCGGCCACGGCCCCGGGAACGGGCAUGACGCCGCUGCUGCGCAGCCAAGCCUGGCCUCUGCCGGCAUCGGAGCAGACACCCGGACGGAAUAGGGAGAGUGGGAUCGCGGCGGGGCGGAGGCCUGUGAUCAGGUUGGACAGCAGCGCGGUCGAUACAUCGGUGUCGCCAUCCCCGCCGCCGCCGCCGCCGCCACAGCUCAAGACGUCAUCGUCACGGGGUAGUGGGGUGUUGGCGGUGGGCGGGCGUAAGAGUCCGCGCGUGACGGGGAGCCCGGUGGAGUCGUGGGAGAUACGGACGGCGUUUGCGGCGCCGCCGGGGAGGCGGUGAUCUUCUUUUCACUCUUUGUCUUUCUUGCGCGCUGGGUCUUUUUCUUUUGUUUUGGGUUGGGGGGUUGGGGAUGGUUGGAUACCCGGUUCGUGGAGCUUUGUUUAUGUUGCUAGGAGGAAGAGGGAUGAUGGCUAGAUAUUGGACUGGGAGGCGGUUGGUCUGGGGUCUACGGAGUUUAACGUUGAUUUUUUGAUGUGGUAUUAGUUAAUGAUGUAGGAGCGGUGUCCGGUUGCGAGGGAAUCAUGGUAGUUGUGUAAGAGUACGCCAAAAUUGAUUGUCGAGACGAAGUU